CUUUGUUAAUAAUUGAACCAAUAAUAAGGUGCACUAGAACUGUUAAAUCUUCUCUAAAGAGCACCCAUCAUAGCUUAUGAAAGCGUCUUGAUCAUUUCUCACAACUUAACCCCGCCAAGGUGACAUGUGGAAGCAGCAUGUAAAGUGUUGGACGUGCAGCACUAGUUUUACUUGAAAUGAUAGUUUACAAACACAUCCAAAAUGAAGAAUACCAAAGACAUGUACAUAUUAGAUCCUUCCUUAUGACUGUGAAUAAAAAUAAAUUUCUUUAAAAUGUCACAGAAUAUAAAUGACGAAGCGAAGCAAUUCAGGUGUGGAAUAUGUUCAAUUGAUUUUAUGGAUAGCCAGCAUUUACUGCGCCACAUGAAAAUACACACUGAGAAGAAAUCAUUUAAGUGUGAGAUAUGUGGUGCUGCUUUUCCUCAAAGAUGUAAUUUGAAAUACCACAUGCGAAAACACACAGGUGAGAAACCAUACAAGUGUGAGACCUGCUCUGUGGCUUUUGCACAUGGUACUGAUUUGCGUAAACACAUGAGAAUACACACAGGAGAAAAGCCCUACAAGUGUGUGUUAUGUGAAGUUGCUUUUACUCAAAAGUCGGCUUUAACAGGACACAUGAGAAUACACACUGGAGAGAAACCACACAAGUGUGAGACAUGCGGCGCAGCUUUUUCAUAUAAAAGUCAUUUAGUGGGACACAUGAUAAUACACACUGGAGAGAAGCCAUACAAGUGUGAGAUAUGCGGCGCAGCUUUUACACGUAAAACUCAUGUAGCGGGGCACAUGAGAUUGCACACGGGAGAAAGGCCAUACAAAUGCGAGACAUGUGACGCAGCUUUUACUCAUAAGUUUCUAUUAAAAGGCCACAUGAGAAUACACACAGGAGAGAAGCCAUACGAGUGUGAGAAAUGUGGUAAAGCUUUUAGUGGGAGAAAUAUAUUAAUGAGACACGUAAGAGUUCAUACGGGAGAGAAGCCGUACAAGUGUAAAAUAUGUGGUAUAGAUUUUUCUCAAAGUGAUCCUUUGCGUGUUCACAUGAGGCUUCACACAGGGGAGAAACCAUACAAGUGUGAGGUAUGUGAUGAAGCUUUUAUAAGGAAAGAUGUUUUAAAGAGACACAUGAGUCAACACACUGGAGAAAAGCCGUACAAGUGUGAGACGUGUGACGCGACAUUCUCUUAUAAGUCUGUUUUAAAAGGACACAUGAGAAUACACUCUGGGGAAAAGCCAUACGAGUGUGCGAGAUGUGGUAAAGCGUUUAGUGGAAGAAAUUUGUUAAUGAAACAUAUGAGAAUACACACUGGAGAAAGGCCGUACAAGUGUAAAAUAUGUCGUUAUGAAUUUUCUCAAAGUACUCAUUUACGGGUUCACAUGAGGCGCCACACGGGAGAGAAACCAUUCAAGUGUGAGACAUGUGGUGAAGCUUUUAUUAGGAAAGAUGUUUUAAAGAGACACAUGAGUCAACACGCAGGAAAAGAGGGAGAGGAAAGUUUCAUCUUAAGUGCAUGUAAAUAAUAUAAACUGUUCAUGAAAAUUAUAAUUGCAAAUAGAAAAUAAUUAUAUUUGCAGUGUUCUGCCAAGGAUUGAAAAAGAUGGGGCCGAAUGGCCCAGCAGUCAUAAAAAUUAGGGGCCAUUUUCAAAAGUGAAGGGCCAUGACCUUCUCCAGGGGAAAAAUGAAAACUUUUAAAUGAAAGUGUUAUAUUUAACUAUUAUAUACAUGGUGUAACAUCCACAUGACAUCAGUAUUCUCAAAUAUUGGACAGAUUAAUUUAACAUUUAGAAAAAAACUAUAAACAUGGCACAAAUGAGACACAAUGAUAUAUGUUAAGAACAGUUUUACAUGUCAAUGUGUUGUUAUGCUUUAUCAGGGAUGUGAUUGACCUGGCAGCUGGAGGGCACUUUUGGGGUCACAAGCACACUGCCGUAGAAGAAAGACUGGCCCAAAAGCACACUAGUAACUUUUUGA